AUGAAGUGUUUACUUGAAAUGUGUAAAACUUGGAAUAUGUAACGUUUGGAAUAUGUAAAGACGUAUUUCCAUAAUUGUGUUUAUUAUUGCAAGUUUAUCUCUUAAAACUCAACAGGCAUUCUAAGAGAUAUCAACUUAACAUUACCAAACCCACCAAUUUCCCAGCUACGCCCAAAGCUUGUGCUCAGCAACAAAAUCUGAAUGGCUAAAUCAACCUCAAAACGCCAGAAACCAACAGUGAUGGACAGGAUCAGCUAUCUAUCAGACUCUCUCCUCUGCCAUAUCCUUUGGUUUCUAACAACCAAAGAGGCUGUUGUCACAAGCAUUUUGUCGAGCAGGUGGAAGACACUCUGGACUCUUGUGCCAAAGCUCGACUUUGAUAGCCACGAAUUUGAACGGAUAUCUUCUUCAGAUGAGGAGCAAAGUCUUAAUGAAGAUUACGGGAAUAAUAGGUACCGUUUUACGUUUACGCAUAUCGUGACCAGAGCGUGGGCUAUUCGAAAUCUCAAUAAUGCGAAUCCCAUCAAACACUUUCGCCUCCACUGGUAUUCUAAUGAUUCUGACCCAAUCCAUGCCGAAACAUGGGUCCGCGCCGCGCUUACGCCUGACUUGGAAGUGCUCGAUCUCCUCAGCGGUUUUUCCCAACGUUUCAACUUCUCGUCUACUUUGUUAAAUUAUGCUAAAUCAUUAGUAGUUUUGAAAUUAAAACGUAUCGAUGUUAAUCUGCCUUCUUCUUCUUUCGGCUUCCCUAGUCUCAAGACUCUGCUUCUUCACAGUGUCUGGUAUACAAAAGGCGACACUUUCUCUGAACUCCUCAGUUGCUGCCCGGUCCUCCAAAAUUUGUAUUUAGAAACCUAUAUCCCGAACUAUGGUAACAAUUUUAAAAUCAUUGUACCUACACUCGAAACAUUACAUUUAAGCUUAUACUUCUAUCUUCAAAGGGACUGCAGACUUGAGAUAAAUGCCCCAGCUCUCAAGUACCUUCAUUUCAGAGCUCAUAUUAUUGAAGACCGUCCGUUAAGAAACAAAUCUCUUCAUUUGGACCCAUAUUUCACUGAGUGCCUUUGUUAUGCUACUGAAUUAGAUCUUCCCAUGUUUCAUAAUUUGGCUUUCUUAUACUUUAAAGCUGGUGCUUGUUUGUGGCAUGUGCUCCCACACUUGCUUCAUCGGGCUCCUAAUCUUGCAGUACUUGUCUUUGAGAAGGAAUACGAUGAAUCUUACGUUUGCGAGGAGGAAGAGACUUCCAUCAUAAAAAGGAUGUUCAAUGAGGUCGUUCCUAUAUGUAUAUCAUCGCACCUCAAGACAUUUCAUUUUAUAGGAUUUAAAGGGUUAACGUAUGAGCUGGAAUUUGUUGGACAUAUCCUUAAGACGGCAAGAUUCUUAAAGACGAUGACAAUAACUCCUGCUUAUAUAGAUUCAGACGAGAAAUUUCGCAUUCUCAAGGAGUUAUUGAUGUUGCCAAGGGAAUCCAGGACUUGUCAGAUUGCAUUUGGCUGAAGUUUAUUUCGUUAUGAUUUCUCUCUCAGUUACUAAAUCCCCGUAUUGGCUUACAUUUGAAUCAAAACAGGUAAAAGUAGGAAAAAUAAAUCCAACAAGUCUGAUUUAUUGUGCUUUUAAGUAGUGAUGUUGCUUGUUCUUUUAACUCAUUCCCAAGUCUUGGGAAAUGUUGUCAACCUUUCUAUUUUAGUUGGGACGAUAUGACAGAGGUGCUGAUGUUAAAAUCAAAAUAUCUUGUUAGUGAAUUAUUUUGUGGCAGCUUUCCUGGA